UGGGCUGGCAGCAGUCGGGCCCGGAAUGACUCAAGGGAGAGCGGCGAUCAGUGCCCGAGCCCCGGGAGCGCCCCUCCCCGCCUGCUCUGGAAAUCGCUUCUCCGCCACCCCGCGCAGCGCACGGAGCUGCCGUGGGGAGGCUGCGGGGCUCGCUCGGCAGGGUCCCGCCGCAGCGCCCGGGGCAGGUGCUCGCCGACGGGUUGUUCCGGCGCCAGGUGCCCGGCCCCUCCCGAGGGCUCCUGGCGCAGGUGAAGGCGGGGCGGAGUCACUUUCAGUUUCGGGCAUUGUGGGAAGGCAGGAUGGGCGGCGGGGCGCGCACCUGACACUGAGGGGGGAGCCGGGGCGAGCCGCCCGGAGCAGUGACCAUGAUACGCUUUAUACUGCUGUUCAGCCGACAAGGGAAAUUAAGACUGCAGAAGUGGUACAUAACGUUACCUGACAAAGAGAGGAAAAAGAUCACACGGGAAAUUGUUCAGAUUAUUCUGGCUCGCAGUCAAAAGAUGAGCAGUUUUGUCGACUGGAAAGACCUAAAGCUAGUUUACAAAAGGUAUGCUAGUUUAUAUUUUUGCUGUGCAAUAGAAGACCAGGAUAAUGAGCUGCUGACACUAGAGGUUGUUCAUCGUUAUGUAGAACUACUGGACAGGUAUUUUGGAAAUGUGUGCGAGCUGGAUAUUAUCUUUAAUUUUGAAAAGGCUUAUUUUAUUCUUGAUGAGUUUAUAAUGGGUGGAGAAAUACAAGAAACAUCAAAGAAAUCAGCAGUGAAAGCCAUAGAAGAUUCUGAUAUGUUACAAGAGACAAUGGAGGAAUAUAUGAACAAACCUGCAUUUUAACUUUAAAACCUCUUGGAGGGACAGAGAUGCUGCUUACUAUCUGUAAAAUUCACUUGUUGAAAUUGCUUUUCUAUGUGCCAGAGCCUCUGAGAAAUACCAAAAACCAAUAACUAAAGGGAUUUGUAUAGUAGUCAAAAUGAAGGUCAGCUCCAAUAGUGUAUAUUGUUCUAUAUAGUAGUUUCUUAAAAGUGUUAUUACACUUAAUCUAGACACUAUCCUCCUCCUAGACUAAAAACUAGUUUUUAUACAAUGGCUUUUAGCUAUGAACUUUUUCAGUCUAAGAAAAUAUUUGCAAAAGAUAUUUAUACUAGUUUUAGUCCAUCACUGAUUGCAUCAGUAUACUUUUGUAAUAAUAUAUUUUUUGAAUGUAAUGAUUAUUCUGGUCUAAUAAUAAUAAUUUUUCUUAAAAGCUG